GUUACCAGAACCGCGGAAGUAGGACGAGAACCGAAUCAUAAAGCACGGGUGGUCCUUGGAUAGGUUCUCAACCUUACGUCCGGGUGGACGGAAGUGCGGCCAUAAUUUGAUUAAACUGUUGGAUUUUCAAAUUAUGACGAGCCAUUUAAAGACGAUGCUGCAAGUAUUCCGGGAGUUGGUUCCGGUGGUGACGAGCGGGACGUUCCUCAUCAUCCUCACGUCGUGUGCUGUGUUCGGCAGCGUGGACUACUUCCGCUUGGCUCCAGGGAGCCUGAGUGUGGGCUCCGGUGUUUUCCUCCAGGGCCAAGUUCACAGAGUCCUCACCUACCCCUUCUACCACAGGAGCCUCGGCCAGCUGCUCCUCAGCAUCUGCACCAUGCUGUUCCUGGGUGGCGGUCUGGAGAACGGCGUGGGGACUGUCCGCUUCCUGUUGGCGUGCGUCCUGAUGUCCGCCGUCACUGGCUUGCUGUACGCCUUCCUGGAUGUGCUGCGGGACAGCCAGGCGCCCACGGAGGGCUUGGUGCCCACGGCCCUGGCCUGCGUGGCCCUCACCACCGCCCGCACUAAAACGACCAAAGGGUACCUUUGUGGGGUCAGCGUCCCCGCCGUGGUCCUCCCAUGGGUGCUGGUCCUCGUCACCGGCGUCCUGGUCCCUCACACCGUGCCGCCGUGCAGCAUCGUGGCCGCCCUGGUGGGAUGGAGCCACGGCAGGGGAUGGUUCUCCCUGGUGGACAUCUCCGAGUCCGGGGCGGCUCUCGUGGAGAAGAGCACACCUUUCCGCCUGUUGAGGGGCGUCGGCGUGGUUCUGUUUGUGCCGGCUUCCGCGGAGGAGAGGAGGAGAACUCUGCUCCCGCAGAUAAACCCGCCGCCGGGCUCCUACCCGGUGCAGGCCUACGCACCUGUGACAAGUGCCACCACCGUGGCUGCUGGGAGCACAGACACCAUGCAUGAGGGGUGGAGGAACUCCCCCGGUGCGGUGGUCGGUCCAGGACAUCUCCCAGCAGGCGGGGGACACGCUUUGCAGGAAAGCUGCGAACACAGCAGUCACGCUCUUCUUCAGUUCUAGUCACUUUUUUUGUGUGCACUAUUGACAUGAUUGAACCAUCUUCACCCUGAUCAAAAUGUCCCAUCGGCAAUCCAUCCAUUUUCUUCCGCUUAUCCGAGGUCGGGUCGCGGGGGCAGCAGCCUAAGCAGGGAAGACCAGACUUCCCUCUCCCCAGCCACUUCGUCCAGCUCCUCCCGAGGGAUCCAGAGGCGUUCCCAACAGGUGUAAAAGAAAGGGCAUCUCUAUCCUCCUUCAAAACCACACUAAAACAUCUCCAGGCAACUUCAACCCUUGACUAACACCCCCCCCCCCCCCCCCACCUCCCCGGAUUGUAAAUAACCAAAUGUAAAUAAUCUAAUGUACAUACUCAGGGCCGGCCCGUGGCAUAGGCCGUGUAGGCAAAUGCUAAGGGCGCCGUCCAUCAGGGGGCGCCAAGCCAGUGCCACAAAUGUUGGAGAAAAAAAAAAAAGUUGGUACUAUUAUUUCUAAAUACAAAAAAUAAUCCCACGUUAAUUAAAAUGCAAAGUAAAGCUUAUUUAAUAGAAAUAUUAUUUGUUACAACAUUACGCCCCCAUGCACGGUGCGCCCCCUCCCUUCCCGUAUCAUGACUCUUACCACAUCAAAAAAAUCAACACAAGAUGUCAAAACGGCCAAAACUGUCAGGUGCCCAGGGAAGAAAAAAGAGAAGAGGAGGAGAAACGAGAAAAAGACAAGAGGUAGCAGGUAGGUAACGUUAGCCUACAUUAAAUAGUAACCUGGCUUUUUAGCAUUAAGCUAAUGUUACACGAUUCGGCAAUUGCUAAUCAAUAAAUAGCUAGUUCUGUUUUAACGUCGGGUUAAUAUUGUGGAGGGGGGCUAAAUUGUUAUGGAAAAUAAUAAUGUAACGUUAGGUAAUUACAGUACUCUCACCUUACAUUCCUCAGGGACAUUUGUAUGAGAUCUUUUUAAGCAGGUGUUUUUUGUUGACAUUGUUAUUGCCUUCUGUUUAGCUAAUGUUUGCCCUGCAGGUAAUAGUCACUUUUCCACCCCUUUAUAUAUUAGGUAUAGUUGUAAGCCUAGUUGUUAAAGUGCACAUCAUUAAUGUUAAUUAAGCAAUAUCACAUGAGAGGGAAUGCUGUUUUUUUUAAUUGGAGCACUGCUGUGAUUCGGUUAAAGAUAAUCAUAAUGUAACAUUCUCAUAUAUGUUAAUUUGCUUUAAGUAAAAAAAAAAGGUCAAAGACAAAGCUAUUCGGUUUCUUGUGAGUAUAUACACUUCACUGCCGAUGUGGGGGGGCGCCACCUAAAAUCUUGCCUAGGGCGCCAGAUUGGUUAGGGCCAGGCCUGUAUAUACUUGUUCUUAUGCUUUCUGAGCUCACUAUGUUGUCUGCUCGCUGUACAUAUCCUACCAAGUCACACCUACUGUUUCAAUGUCCUUUUCACUGAUGAUGCAAUUGUUGAUGACUGAAGUGCUGAUAUCAACCAAACCCUCCUCAUCCCACCCCCCGGAUUGUAAAUAAAUUAAAUAAUUCAAUGUAUAUACUCUGAUGAUUAACUUGUGUGAUGACUGUAUUAUGAUGAUAGUAUAUAUUUGUACCAUUAAACAAGUUGAAAAACUUAUUGCGGUGUUACCAUUUAGUGGUCAAUUGUACGGAAUAUGUACUGUACUGUGCAAUCUACUAAUAAAAGUUUCAAUCAAUCAAUCAAUC